AUGUACUGGACCACACUUGCAGCUUCCGCGCUGUUGGCGCAGAACGUCGCAGCUCAGCAGAUGCUUCGGUUCGCAUGCUCUCAGCUCGUUGUCGAGCGAACCGACCCUCUCGUUAACCCUGGAAUGACCUACACACCGCAUUUGCACCAGAUAGUCGGCGGAAACUCGUUCAAUGUUACCAUGGACCCUUCAACUCACGAUCUGGCAGCCCAGUCGACAUGUACCUCUUGUACGUUCAAAGAGGAUUUGUCCAACUACUGGACCGCCGUCAUGUUCUUCCACCACAAGAACGGCAGCUAUAUCCGUGUGCCACAGGUCGGCAACGGUGGCCCUCAGGGACAUCUUAUUCAAGAUGGUGGCCUCGAUGUCUACUAUAUCCCAAGUGGAAAAACCACAGCUUUCAAGAAGGGAUUCCGUAUGCUUGCCGGUUCAGCAACAAACACAGAUACUAGCAAGGUCAGCAAGGGCAACAUCUGUCACCGCUGCUGGACUUCUACGAACGAUAACACAUUCGUUGGUGGUGCACCUUGCAGUGGAAGUGACACCGUCGAUAUCCCUUCUGACUCGAGCUGUAAAAUGAUUCGACAGACUAUCAUUUUCCCUACCUGCUGGGAUGGCAAGAACCUCGACAGUCCUGACCACCAGAGCCACGUCUCAUACGGCGGCGCAACAGGUGCUGCUGGUGGUUCUAACUCCUGCCCUUCCACCCACCCAGUCAAGCUUCCACAGAUCAUGUACGAAUUAAUGUGGAACGUCAGCUCUUUCUCAGACAAAAGCACGUGGCCUACUGAUGGAAGCAAGCCGUUUGUCUACAGCAUGAACCUGGGUGGAUCCGCCGCUCACGGAGACUACGUCUUCGGCUGGAAAGACGACACGUUGCAGAAGGCCAUGGAUAAUGGCUGCCCCCUCAACACUGACUGCGCCAAGGCUGGCACACACGCCCAGACUGCCGCUCAGUACAAUGCCUGCAAGGUCAAUCAGCAGGCACCGGAAGCUGUCGAUGGAUGGCUCAAGGCAAUGCCAAUGGGCGAGAUGUCGGUUAAAGCAUAA